CAGACCAGGCUCACACCCUCGACCCAUUUCACACAGGGAAGGAGAAGGAACUAGUGAAAAGUUCUUUUUCUCUUAUUGGAGGAGACGAGGACACAGACUGAGGAAAGCCGCUUCCGGGCUUGAGGGCAGGCGCCACAUUCCGGCGCCGCCGAGCUCUUCCGCCGCACGCUCGGGGAACUCCACGGGCUGCAGCGCGGGGGCCGCGCAUGCGCGGUGUAGCCUCGGCCGGAGCCUGACGCCGGGUUCCGAGAGCCGGUCCGGGAAGAUGAACCCUUUGACCAAGGUGAAGUUAAUCAACGAACUGAACGAGCGAGAGGUCCAGCUUGGGGUGGCGGAUAAGGUAUCCUGGCACGCCGAGUACAAGGACAGCGCCUGGAUCUUCCUGGGAGGGCUUCCUUAUGAACUGACUGAAGGGGACAUCAUCUGUGUGUUCUCGCAAUAUGGGGAGAUUGUUAACAUUAAUCUCGUGCGGGACAAGAAGACUGGGAAAUCCAAAGGAUUCUGUUUCCUCUGCUAUGAAGACCAGAGGAGCACAAUUCUGGCUGUCGACAAUUUUAAUGGGAUCAAGAUCAAAGGAAGAACUAUCCGAGUAGAUCACGUGUCUAACUAUCGGGCUCUUAAGGACUCAGAAGACAUGGAUAAUGUGACCAAAGAGCUUCAGGACAAGGGCUGUGGGGCUUACACCCCCUCACCAAACUUGUCUGAGGGCUCUGAAGAUGAGAAACCCACGAAAAAGCACAAAAACGGAACAUUUUGGUUGGUUGAAGAGACUAAAUCCUGUGUUGAAGCAGGCCAUGCAAAAUCCCUGCCAUACACUUGAGAUACAUAUGAGACUUUAUCACCUAAGGGACUUUGGAAUUUUGAAUCAUCUACUGGUCCUUGAAGAGAAGAUAUUUCUAAAACAUUGCUGUAAAUGCUUCCAGUGACAUUUUGGACAUGUUUGGGUUCAAAGAUUUGUUUGUCAUCUGUAACUCUGUAAGUUGGAGGAUCUCUCCUCUUCUCUACCAUUUCUUUGUUUCUCACUUUGGACUUCAGAAAAUGUAAUUCAAAGGGUCCAGUCUCUUUUUCUACAAAAUUCUCUCUUUUUUCAUCACUCUUCUUAUCGUCUAGUUUUAAAUCUGUUUCCAGUACAACUGUAUUGUUUUUUGUGUCAUCAGUAACUGGUGAAAAAUGUUUGUGUUCCUCAGUACGUCGCCCUUUCUCAUCUUUCCUAGUUAAAUCAUCUUUCUUCAUGAUUUCAUUCGAAUCUGGCUCCUGAAUAUCCCUACUUUUCACACUGUUGGUAGAAGCAGCUUUUGAUACUUUUUCAUAUUCUUUUCCAACUGAACUUUUCUUUUUCUUUUCAUCCCCUUUCUUUUUAUUUGACCUACUUGCAGCUGACCCUGAUUCUUGGGUAAUGACUUUGCUUUUCAUAAUGCUGUUUAUAGCUGUACAUAUUGGAUCAUGGAUACUGCUCUUUUUCUUUGAUGGCUCCUCCUUUUUGAAAUUCUCUUUUCUAUUAAUUGCACCUCUACCUAUUUCCAAAGUGUCCAUUUUGUUUUCCAUGUCUGAGAUUUGAGCAGUGAGUUUAGAUGACUGUUCUGGUGAAGUAAGUUGGUUCCCCUCUAAGUUUUGUGUGGAGGUUUUAUAUGGUAAGUGUUGAACCCUUUGGAUGAUGUUAUCCACAUCUAGAAAUGAAAAGAAGGUGGAAGACCAGUCUCCUGAAAACAGUGGUUGAAUCUUGAAAGCAGAGAUUGCCUUCUUGGAUAAAGCAGCAAUCACCUCUACAACAGUGUUACUUGUAUCAUCUUUCUGGACAUUGUUAGAUCCAUAUAUUUCUAUGACCUCAUCAUACACAGAAUCAGAUACUUUAUCAACUGUUUCUUUAUCUAUUGAUGGAAAAGAAAACAUUUCUUCAGCAUUUGCUAAAACUUUAAUUUCACUUUUCCUAAAUUCCCUUAUCAGGACAUUUACAAAUUUUAUAGCCAUGCCCACAAGGUCUUGUUCUGAUAUUUCUUUGCCCUUAGGAUCUUCAGCAGUACUUGGGAGAGUAUAAAAUUUGCAAACAAGGUCAAUAAUAACAUCUUCCAAAAAUGUAGCAGAAUACACAGAAGGCUUUCGGAAGGAUGGCAUUUUGUCUUUACCAGGAUUAGAGUUCAAUGAUAUGGUCAUUUUCAGGUAAAUCAGAUGAUUCUUCUUGAUGUAAAAAUGGCUGCAGAUGAUGAUCCACAAUUUCCUUCAUAAUGAAACCAGCUAUUCUUCGAAUGAAUGAGCCUCCCUUUUUGUUGGUAUCUUUCUGUGCUUCAGCUUGGAAUUUAAAAUUUUUCAUAAUAUUGUUACAUAUGGAGUCAAUGAAGUUCUCAAUUGCUCCUAAUUGCAUACUUUCUGCAUGCUCCUCUGCUGUAGCAAGUCAAAUCUCAUGUUCAGAAAUUUCUGUUAUAAUUUCAUCAGUCAGUUUUGAAGCUGCAUCCACAAACUCAUAAUCCGGUGCCAUCUCUUCCUCUUUUUGUUCAGUUUCAGUCUCAGAUGAAGGAAAUAUAUGUGUUAGAAGUUUAUAAAUCACAUCUUCUAAAAGGGAAUGAGGCAAUACAGUUAUGCAUGAUGGCAAGAUAUGGCUAUCAUUGUUGAUGAUGCCAAGCACAUUUCUGAUGAUGUUCUCAUCUUGGAGGGAAGAGUAGGAAUACAUUGCUAAUUCUCCUGAAACUAAUAACUCCACCUGAUAAUCAUAAAUUUCUCCUAAGAGAAAAUAAUAUAUUUUUCUUCCAAAACCAACAGCAUCACUUUGUAUAGCCUUAUAAAUGUGAAUCAGAGAUUUAUAAUCACUUAAUAUUUUUUCAUAAAUUAGGUUGACUUUUUUUUGAACCAUUUCUUUGUAUUCUUCUGAAGAAUACAGAUUUUCAUCCAAGUUAUUUACAAAUAAAAUUUGUGAAGUGGUGAACUCUAGCACAAUUGAUUUUACUAAUGUUGUAACAAUGUCAGUAAUGUUGGCUUUUGCUUUAUGUGGUUUUUCGGCAGCCAAGACAUUACGUGAAAAUACAUAAAGGAUUUUGCAUAAAAGCUCAGCAAUUACUUCCUCCAAAAAGGCAGCUGAAUUCACAAUUAAGGACAGUUCCCUUUGUUUAGGAUCUAUUGCUUUCUGUUUAUAAGUUUGAUCAACUGUACCUGAAGGAAGAAUUUUAUCUCCAGAUAAAAAUGACUGAAGAUGAUGGUUAAAGAUUUCUUUUAUUAUAUAACUCGCUAUUUUUGUAACAGGCAUAUGACUUAUGCUUUUUUUUAUCUUUUGUAAGAGAUUGGUUUAAAUUUGAAUGAGAAAGAUCAGUAUAAAUGGCAUCAACCAUAGCCUGGAUGUCUUUUUCUGCAAUCACAUUUUGUUUUUCAUCUCUGUGUUUAAUAAUACAUAUUGCAUGUUUAGAAAUCAUUGACAUGAUUUCAUUGAUCAGGUUCACAAUGUUGUUUCUUAAGUCAGAUUGCAAGGGGUCUUGGUCUUCUGCACUGCAAUCCAGUGAACUUAUUUGAGAUAAAACCUGUGUGACUAGUUUUUCCAAGUGGGUGUGUGAUAAUAUGGUGGUAUAUGUUGUUGAAGCCUGUCUUUGGAAUCUUGAUUUACCAAUAUCAUUUUGAACUCUCUUUAUCAAAAGAUCAGCAUUGAGUUUUGAAAAUGAUUUAAAAGGCACCUUUGCUAUAAAAUCUGGAUGAAUUUGGAAAUCAAAAAUUUCAGCCAGGAUGAUUUUAGUUACUCUCUCAGCCAAUGUCUUUGUGUCACUGAGUAAAUUUUUAUCAGGUAGUAGUUCCAUUUCGUAUUCUUGUAAAACUUUGCUAUAUACCAUGUCAACAAUUUUGAUGACUGCAUCUCUAGCUACUGGUGGCAAACACAAUUGUUCCUUAGCAUUUUCUAGAAUGCUAACUUGGGAUUUUGAGAAUUCUUCUGUUAUUGAAUAUAUGAGUUUUUCAGCUGUUUCUAACAGUUCCUUUUCUGAAUCUCUUACUGAUUUUGUUUGCACAAUGCCUAACACCCUGUGGAAUAUUUUGCUUAAAACCCCAGAGAUCACAUCUUCCAAAAAGUCUGAAGAAUAGACACCAGCAAAAAACUGUUGCCUUCUCACACCAUCAAAGUAUGUAAAUGAUGAAGGAAAUGAUGACUUUCCAUAUACAAAUGGUUGAAGAUGUUGCUUACAGAUAUAUUUAAUGAUAAAACCUGCUAUUCUAUCAAUAAGAACAUUGUUACUGCUUGUGAUAUCAUGCUCAAAUGCUUGAGACUCAGAAUUGUGCAAAAUAUUUCUGAAUACUGAAUCAACAAGAUGUUGAGCAUCAUCCGCUGAAUAAAUAAACUUGGUUUCUUCA